AUGGCCUGGCGCUAUGUCUUGGCGACCGGUCACCGCCAUCGCAGAUACUAUCCUUACCUGCUCGCCGCUCAAGAAGUAGCCAGAGCUAGCUUCCUAGAUGAUGAACAUCUCCACAUCGACCGUGUCUCUCGCACGACACAGUCACUCACUCGCGUCCAAGCUCCGAUAGUGUCUUCUCAUACAAGCCGGCCUGGGUCAAACGAGAUCGGCUUGCUCGACCUGCCCAUCGAGAUACUCACUCGCGUCGCGAUCAUGUCCGGCAAGGUAGACUCAGGCAGUCUUGUAGCGUUGGAGCAAGUCUGCCGACUGCUCAAAGUCGUCUUGUCGCAGGACUAUGUCUGGUGCAGAGUGACCUCGACAGAGAUCGGAGAUGAUCUCGUCCAAGCCGGCCAACUGGCUCGCGAGACGGCUAUUCAGAAUGUACACUUUUGCUGCGCCAAGUGUGGACAGCUCGAUGACGACCCUCAUUACGCACUGGCGGACUCGACGCAAGCGCUCGGUCGGCGUACGCCCUUCUGUCGCGAGUGUCACGCCUCGGCCGUCAUGCAGCCUCGCCAUCGAAACGUGCGUACGUACGCCGCUGACUACUGGCGAUGGCGCGCAUCACAGCACGAUCCGCCCCGUCGUUGUACGGCUGAGGAGAUUCAGUCAGACGCGUGGGAACGUCAGCUCAUGCUCUGGCGCUUCGACAAUGCUCUCUUCGGCAUCACCUGGACCAACCUUGGCGAUGCCGGUUCUGGCGCGCCUACACAUAUCACCUGCGACUUUGCAAACCUCUGCGAAAAGUUUGUCUUCCACUCUGCUCCCAGCGAGAUCACCAUGGAUCAGAUCAUGACCGACUAUCGCCUGCUUCAGGAACGUCGCCAUCAGUACACCGCAUGGCAAGCCGCCUACCCUCGCACGACCGCACGCGCUUUGGACCGCGUGUACGCCUGGGUGGCCAGAGGCAAAGCUGCCAAUCUACGCUCCUUUCUCGAUCUGGAAUCGCUGGCCUAUAGUCUGUCCAGGGAGGACAAGAAGACGGUCACCGCCGAAGUUGGUCAAAUCCCCCGACUUGGCAUCAAGGGAUACGCCUAUCGCCUCCAGGCUAUCAUCCUUCUCCGAUUCGACGAGAAUAAGCCCAUCGGCGAGCAGCUCGACAGAUUACCGGAAUGGAUAAGUCAGCAUGUCGCUGCCGCGGAAGGUCCUCUUCCCUGCAUCAAGCUCAACUGUCGCGCAACAGCAACGCCAGGCUGUCCGGCUUGCCUCUGUUCCUCGCACUGCACGACGGUCGACCGUCACCAUCUCGGCUUCAAACACGAUUGUCCAGUGCAUCACUAG